AUGUCUGACAAGCCUGCAACUCAGUCGGUCCCAAGCAACGCAUAUUCUGGCUAUCAUCAGUCAAGAAUGCCGUACAAUGCAUCAGGCUAUCCACAGUACAAUGGAGCCAUGAACAUGACCAACUCCAAUCCCCUUUCCAACAUGCAGAACCUCAAGGCCACCCUGCCACCCUCUGCUUCGGUCGAGACUGAGAUGAAUGCAGUCAAUCGUCCCGGAUACAACAGCCCUUUGAUGAUGUUGCCGUCUGGUCAAGCCGUGCCACUCCCCAACUUCUACGGCCAGAACCAGACCUCAACUGGAGAUGCUUCCCAAUUGCCCUAUGUCCCCACUGGUAUGUUUCCAAGCUUCAUCGGAAAUACCAGCAUGGCAACAAGUGCUCUCCCAGGAUAUGGUUGGCCGUACAAUCUUGCCUCGAAUGUUGCCGGGUUUGAUCCAGGUCGUCGAGGAUCCUGGUCUUCCAAUGAAGAGAAUGCUUCCAACAACCAAAAUGUGGCGCUGCAGGGUCAAUCAGACUACUACAACUCCAUGGCCUACCUGUCGACCACUCCUGCCAGCCAACACUACGUUGCUGGGCCCAUUCAACCAAUGAAGUGUCAAGACAACAAAUCCUACGAGAUGGUCAACCUUGAUGAGCUCGUCAACCGUGACCCACAGAUCCCUCGUGCAGUGCCCGCCAUGUGGACCAACCAGGAGGAACUCAGCCUGGCCAAAUGUCUUCAGAAUCCCGAGGGCAUUACCAACGUCUACAUUCGUGGCUUCAUGCCGGACACCACCGAUGAAGACCUUGAACGUUGGGCUUCUCGCUUUGGUGAGAUCGACUUUGGGUUCGUCAUGUACUAUUCUCCCGCUGCUGCAGAGAACUGUAUCCGUGGCUUCUUCCAUCUUGGGUUUCAAGCCAGCUAUGCUCAGGAUCUGGCCAAACAUUUCUUGCCGUAUCACGCCGUCUCCACCAAGAUCUGCCGCGAUGCACCAUCCGGAGUCAGCAAGGAAGUUGGCUUUGCAAGAUUCGAAACACGUGAGAUUGCAGAACGUGUCAUCAAAGAAUUCCACUCUGUCCUCAACGAGCGUGAUGGCAUCAAAUUGUUCCUCCGCUUUGCCGACACCAAAGCUCAGAAGCAGCUCAAACAACAGAGUCAAGAACGUCGCAACUGGCGCAGUCGCGAAUACAGCUAUUCGGUUGAACACACUCCAUCUCCAACUCUGUCUCGUUUGCAGAACGUGAACAACCACAUCAGUCCGAAUGGCAGUUGGCAGUCUCCGGCUGGAACUACCAAUGGCUUCACUCCAGCGACGUCAGUCUCUCCGCCUGAGCUUCCGGGUGUCAACAACAAGACUGCGACCAUGAUCCGCAACUCCACAUCGACUUGGCCAAUGCAGGGGGGACUGCAGUCGAUUACCAACUCCACCACUGUUAGGACCAAUCUUCCAGCAGCCCAUCCUUACAUUGAAGUCCCGCCAAAGUCUGCGGCCGCAAUUGCAAUCAUCCCAGACAAUGGAAACAUCAACAAGAAGACCAAGACUCCAAGUCCAAAGAAGGUCACCAUUAGAAUUGAGCCAGCCAGCGGCAAGGAGAACUACACCGCCACCACUCCGCAAUCUUGCAAAUGA